CCCAAUCUGGCAACGCUGCCUCAUCCCUGGAGCUCUCGCUGUGGUCUUCGUGGGCAGUUCGGUUCGUUCUCUGCACACCGUAGAUUAAAACACAAUGGGGCUGUAAUGCAUGCAACCGCAGAGGUAACACGACCCUCUCGACACAUAAAGUAAACCUUGUAUGGAUUUCAUGAUGAUGAAGAAGAAGAAAUUCAAGUUCAAGGUGGACUUCGAGCUGGACGAGCUGUCGUCGGUCCCUUUCGUGAACGGCGUUCUGUUCUGCAAGGUCCGGCUGCUGGACGGGGGCUUCUCCGAGGAGUCAUCCCGGGAGGCGGUGCAGGCCAACUGCGUCCACUGGAAGAAGCGGCUCUCCUUCCCCUGCAAGAUGAGCGCCAGCGCGGGCACCGGCGUCCUGGACCCCUGCGUGUGUCGCGUGUCGGUCAGAAAGGAGCUGAAAGGUGGAAAGGCGUAUGCAAAGCUGGGGUUUGCCGACCUGAAUCUGGCAGAGUUUGCGGGGUCGGGAAGCACGACCCGUCGAUGUCUGCUGGAAGGCUACGAUACCAAAAACACUCGACAAGACAACUCCAUCCUCAAGGUUGUCAUCAGCACACAACUCAUGUCCGGAGACCCCUGUUUUAAAACGCCCCCGUCCACGGCCACUGUGAUCGGGAUCCAAGGAGACGCAGAGAGUCUCUUGGAGGACAGGAAGGGGGGAGACACCCAGAAAGCCGGCCCUGAGGUCCGCGAGGCGAGGUGCAGCUCCGUCCCGGAGGAGCUGGCCGGCUGCGGACACUCCAGGACCUCCAGCUACGCCAGCCAGCAGUCCAAGCUCUCAGAGCCUGCUCAGCCUGAACCCCAGGGCAGCACGGGUUCACCGGGUUGUUUUCAUGGGGUGCAGCGUCCCGCGUGUUUUAGGGUGCAUUCAAACGGCUACAGCACGGGCCACUCGCGCUCCUCCAGCCUGUCGGAGUUCAACCACCGCCGGAACCACUCGGUGGGCAGCACCUCCACGGGCAUCGGCAGCAUCCCGGAGCCCGCCGACGACGGCGAGAGCAGGCCCUGCCACGCCCUGCCCCCCCCCUCCAGCACCCCGGGGGGGGCAACCCCGGUCCGCAGCGCCUCGUCCUGUGAGCGCCUCAACAGACACCCGGUGAAGCAGGACUCCAUGGAGUCCCAGCUGAAGAGGAUGGACGACACCCGGGUGGACGCCGACGACGUGGUGGAGAAGAUCCUCCAGGGACAGGACUUCACGCCCAACCUGCUGGACUCCAGCACCGAGGAGGAAGGCCUGCGUCUCUUCGUGGGGCCGGGAGGAAGCACGGCCCUCGGAAGUCAUCACCUGCCCACCAGGGUCGGCGCCGGAGCGUACGAGCAGGUGGUCAUCAAACGUUGAGCCAAUCGUCCACCACCCCAAGAGCAGUAGCGCUGUCUUACUACCAACACACACACAAAUCUGAGCAACACCUUGCUUUGUCUAUUCAAAAUGACCAGCAGAGGCCCACUGCAAUAGUGCCCCCUGGUGGUCAAGCAGAGGCUGGAGACCCUGGGUCGGUUGUAAGGGGUGGGGGCCACCUAAAUGUUUAUCCGCCAAUAUAUUUUAGCAGAUUGAAUCCUACCAAAUGUAUGACCGCUGAAGGCCAUGAAAAUAGAUCUCUCAUAUGCACCUCUUCAUAUGAGCAGUCAUUAGACGCUUUCCCUCUUCUCCCCACUACUAGAGCCAUGGGUGUGGGUAAUGCUAUUGAUUAGCAGAGGGGGGGGUUCCACCAAUAGACGGCACCAUUCCAUGCCCCUCACCACAAUACAUUCCAUAAGCCGUCCACGCUUUUAUUUUGGCACAGUGACGUCUCUGGACUAGCGUUUAAAUAAGAAAAAAAAUAGUAUUUUAUAUUACCUGUACGCUGCUUGGAAGUUGUACGCCCUCCCGCCACUCUCUCGUCGGUGUUUUGACACAUGGAGAUGUCUUGCAGUAAGCCGCCUCCAUCAUGGUAAGACCACUGGUUAGUUGUUCUCUGGUGACUUGACACCGAUGAUGUAAGCAAAGCUUCACGUCUCACAUCUCGGCGGCGGUUUGGUUUUGACAGUGGUCUGCAUUCAGACUGGAGGACUCGUGAAAUAGUCCGCUGCCGCCGUCAUAAAUGAGCGUCACAUGACACGCCGUAAUAAACACGUCUCAUAGUGAAGCACUACAGCAGCACUACAUUAGCAUGUGUUGCUAAAAACCACGAUCCAUUAUCCUCGUUAUUUGGUUUUUGUGCUCCUCCCGAUCAAGCCACAUCUAUAAGCUGCAAGAGGAAGGGGUCACAACAACCCAACAUCCCCCCCCCCCCCCGUUGGGCCUGUUCUGGCAGACAUGUUCACAUGGUUAACCAGUGACAAUGGUACCUCCCUGUCCCCUUUGACAAAGCCAUAUCAGGGGCCGCUAUACACGCCCCAACCAUAACCACGAUUUACGUAUUUAACGUAUUUAAAUCCCUCUGCACAAAGUGUCAUUAACGUCGUACUUUAACCCGCUUAACGUUGUGGUAAAAUGUGUACAUGUGUGUCUCCAUAUUUUUGUAUGUUGGGGAAAGCCGUGUUGCGUAUUACUCAGUAUGGCCGUUGUCUUCAGUAGAUGUCCCCUUCUCCUGUCCCCUGGGCUUCGGUCAGAGGACCACCCCCUGUAAUUCAUCCACUCAUCUCUGUGCCAUCCUUUGUUUGAAAAAUGCCUUUUGUUCGAAGGAACCCGUUUGAUUUAACCGUUCAGCAUUUGAAGUACUCCCAAGAUUCAUUAGUGUUUGCAAAUGUCACCGAUACAUUCGCUGAGUUGCGUUUUCACCAAGUAACACUCGGAGCCUGAUUGCUGUUAUUACAUUGUUGUUUGUAUCGAGGAAAAUGAAUCACUUCUUUUUUUGUUUUGUUGUUCCCGUGGAGACGGGCAGAUUCUGGUACUGAACAUGUUGUUACAAACAUGGUUGCUUCUUCUCUUCUGUGAAGCUGUGCUUAUAAAUGGAGCUGUUGACUGUAUUCUUCUGUAAAGUGGCGUUCUUCGCUGUCUCGACAGUGUCUGUGUUUCUCCCCUUUCGCAGAGCAAGUUCUUUUUGACCAACGUUUUACUUACUUUUAACAAGUGUACUACUGUAUGCUUUGGUUGUGUACCAUGCACUGUUUAAUUAAAAAGGUGUAAAAAAAACAAAAA